CAGCGCGUCGCGUCGCGGCGAUGCGGCCGGGCCGUGCCGGGCGGUAUGAUCGGCACCGUGCUCUGCUACGUGCUGCUGCCGGCGGCGCGGCUCGUCCGGGCCCUCCGAGAUGCUUUCUUUACCUGUCGAAAGAAUGUGCUUCUGGCGAAGAGCACGCCCACCCAGAUAGAAGGUGCCUUUGCUGCGACCAGAGGAAGGUUGGUCCCAGAAGAGCAAGAAGCCCUUCUCCAGCAGUGGCUGGAGGAAGGAGCAGCGAAUCUGCCAGCCAGGGAGAGUGCUCCAGCAGUGGCGACAGGAUCAGUUACACUCACUAGUGACUGGUUAGAAGGUUCAGAGCUAUUGAUGAGUAGGCUUAGUGACCUGAGUUCGGCUCCAGAAGUCAUCCAGUGUGCUGGUCAGCAGCUCACAGAGCUGAAUGCCUUGGCUUCUGCAGAAUUGCAAGAUCAUGGAGUGACUGAACUGAAAAAAUUACCAGCAAAGGAACCAGUGGCUGUAGCAGGCAGUGCCCCUUGGGCAGCUGUGGUGCCACAGAUGGAUCACCUGAUAGCUGGCUGUGCCACCAUUGAUGUAGAAGUGCCGAAUGAAGACCCAGCUGUGCUGGCCUGGGGUUUAGCACGUGAUGCAGAGGCAGGACCAACAGAGCCCUCAGCCUGGCCUGUUCCAGCUACAGUACAAUUUUGUCCUCUCCAGACAGAGGUACCCUACCACGAAAUUUUAUGGAGAGAGUGGGAGGAUCUUUCUGUCCAGCCCUGUGUGCUAGAGCAGGUCUCGAAAAACACCCCACUCUUUGAAUUUCGAGUCAUGUCUUACAACAUCCUUGCCCAGGACCUGGUGGAGCAGGGUCUUGAUCUCUAUCUACACUGUCACCCAGACAUUCUGAGCUGGAACUACCGCCUUCCAAACCUUUUGCAGGAGAUCCAGCACUGGGAUCCUGAUGUUCUGUGUCUCCAGGAGGUGCAAGAGAACCAUUAUUGGGAGCAGCUGGAACCAACAUUCAAGGAGAUGGGCUUUGCAUGCGUCUAUAAGCGCAGAACCGGGACGAAGACAGACGGCUGUGCCGUGUGCUAUAAGCACAGCAGGUUCCAGCUGAUCAGCCUCAGCCCCAUAGAAUACUUCCGGCCCGGCCUGGACGUCCUCGAUCGGGAUAACGUGGGUGUGGUGCUGCUGUUACAGCCUCUGCUCCCGAAGGGCUUAGAGCUGAAGGCAGUCAGUCCUUUGUGUGUGGCCAACACUCAUGUGCUGUUCAACCCCCGCCGGGGAGAUAUCAAAUUGGCCCAGAUGGCCUUGCUUCUAGCAGAGAUCGACAAGAUCGCAAGAACUACUGAUGGCAGCUACUGUCCUGUCAUCUUGUGUGGAGACUUGAACUCAGUCCCUGAUUCUCCACUCUACAAAUUCAUCCGGAAUGGUGAACUUUCCUACCAUGGGAUGCCAGCCUGGAAGGUGUCUGGUCAGGAAGACUUUUCCGAAAAGUACUAUUCACGGAAACUGCUGGCCCCACUGUGGCCGAGCUCACUGGGUGUAACAGACAGAUGCCAGUAUGUCACUCUGUGCCAGCCAAAGAAACUAGACAGACGUAAGUACAGCCGGGACUUCCUGCUCCAGUUCCGUUUCUGUGAUGUUGCCUGUGAACGACCACAGCAGCUGGUCCUCUUGGAAGGUGUGACAGAUGCUAAACCAGACCGCCCUGCACACUGGCCCAAGCCUGCUGCCUUGGUGAAAGACCCUGAUCCCCAGCCAUUCAUCCCAAGGUCUUCAGGUGUUAUCCAGCAUGGCCUCAACCUGACCUCUGUCUACAGCCACUUCCUGCCACAGAGAGGACGCCCAGAAGUCACGACAAUGCCCAUGGGGCUUGGAGCCACUGUUGAUUAUAUCUUCUACUCAGCAGAGCCUGUGAAGAAUGGGAAUAAGGGGGGUCGCAGGCUAUACCAGGAUGGAGCUCUGAAGCUGCUUGGCCGCCUUUCCCUUCUCUCUGAAGAUGUCCUGUUGCUGGCAAAUGGCUUACCAAAUCCUUUUUGUUCAUCUGAUCAUCUCUGUCUGCUGGCUAGUUUUGGGUUGGAGAUCUCCAGCCUCAGAGAGGGUUAGUGUUGAUUCCUUUUCCCUAAAGAAAAGCUGUUCUGGAUACAGCUGUUGAGGAUCUGGAUUGCACAACCUGCUUGCAAGAAAACUCAAUUCCUUGUCAUGCCCUUGAAGUCCCUUUCUCCCCUCACACUCUCACAAAAAGCAGGGACUGGGAGUUGGAGCAUGUUUUGCAUUGGUAUUUUUUGGUCUCUGCAAACCUGAGCUGUGUUUCCAAUGGGCUUCUAGUUGUUUUCAGGCAUUACCAUCUCUUAAAGGGAUCCUUGUUCCACUACUUUGUUUAGCAGAUGUUUUAGUGCUGUGGGAAUCAAUGUAACUCCCAUGUUUAUCUGCCCCUGUGUGAGAUCAUCAAGGAGCUGGGAAAGGGCAGGGAAAAACUGCCUUUUUCUGGUUAUUUUAUUGCUACCAAGGAGCAGGGGAUGUACACACCAAUAUUAUUUUACACCAAAACAACAGCUCUUUUAAUUUCUCAGUGAUAGUUUAUGAAGUAUGGGUCCUUCCAGUAGUAGUUGUCAUGUUGCUUUUGGGAGUGUUGGCUCUGCUAAUUGCUUGGAAAUGGCUUUUACUUAAUAAAGGCUGCCUUGCUGGCAGAAGGGUUUGUGUAGUUGAACAGUCUACAAGAAGUCGCCUGCUGUGACUAAAAUGCACUAGCAAAUGGGAUUGCCAGGAAUGGAGCCAGGGGUUCAUUCUACAGAGCCACCUGCAGGAACUCUGGAACGGCAGCAAAAGCCUAGAGGCCUUGGGGAGGGCUCCCUUCCUUCAUAGCAGUCUCAAAAUGGUACGUAGUUUGGCAAUUGUAGGAAAAAUAUUUAUGAUCCUCCCAGUGAAUAUCAGGUGGAAAGAGUAAUCCUGUAAGGAGUGACAGCCCAAGGAGGCUAUAACUCUGGAAGGUCCCAAAAGAAAAUGGAAGGCAUGUGAGAGGCUGCAGAGCCAUCAGAUGGAAGCGCUGAUAGUUGUCACUUGCCUUACUCUUUGUGCCCUCCCUAUUCCAUUCAGCCUGCCAGGAGUCAGAUAGCCCCUGUAGCAUCCUCCUGCACCAGACUGAAGUUCAUGCCACUGCCUUCUGGAGCCAGCUGUCCUUAGGUAGGUAGGAUCUGUAGGACUUGACUCCUGUCUCUUGAUAGGCACUGGGCGGGUAGGGAAGGCUGUGUAACAUGGAGCUGGAUUGUCAGUGCUUUGGAUCUCAGUGUACCUUGGUGUCCUACCAGUGCUUUUGUCAGCAGUGGCUUGGCCAAUAUAAAAACAAUAGAACUGCACCUGCUGCUAGGGCAGAUUCCCCAGUUCAGCCUGACAUUUGAUGCUUCAUUUUUUUUUUCAAGAGAGAUGAGAGCAAUAUUGGCAGAAACAUCAAUCUUCUGUUCACAAAUGAGGCAGGGAAGUGUCGUCCUAGCUCACGUUCUCGUAGGAAGCUACAAGAAGACUUUAUUGUUCUCUCUUACUGGGUUAUAUUGAGGGACUUUGAUAUUUUUAAUAUUACUUGCUUUAUUGAAAAAAAAAAAAUUCUGAUCUGAGAAAAAACUAUGAAGUAACUGUUUCACCUUGUGCUCCUGGCAGCUGAACCCUCUGAGAACUUGCUUAGAAAGACUUUGCUGCUGGACGUGAAAGAGGAGACAACAAAUUAGCUACAUAAGACAGUAAUAACAGGUUGAAGAAAUGGAAGAAGUGCACCUAGCUGUUGUCUCCCAGCACAUUCCUAGAUCCAAUAGGUGUUUUUUACAUGGCUUGUCUUGCAAAAUGGUUUGCAUUCAGGAACCUUUCCCCUCCUCCCAAAGAAAGCAAGUGCUGCUAAUCUUUUACUUCUGUAAACUGUACAGAGAUCUGGUGUCUGUGUGUGUGGGGUGUUGUGUUCUGUGCCCAUAUGCUUGUGUAAGGACUGCAUACUCCCUUCUUGCCUCUGCCAGAUGGUGUGGUAUUUGCCUGGUGGUGUGCAUGGCUUUUGCUACCCCAGGUGGCAUGACAUGUAGAAGUCUAUAUAAAGUGAACAGCAAUCUGGGGCUGAAUAAGCUGGGAGGCUUUUUUGCCCUUAGUUUCCCAGGUGAUGGUUCUGGUGUGGCACUGGUGUUUAUACAUGGGGAGGGAUGCAGAGCUGUGUAUUUCCAUGUCUCUGUUUAUCUGCCAGUUGCACUAAUUUCUGCAAGUACUCUUAUUCUGGUUUUGUUAAGUGGUUGUAUUUGGAAAGGGAGAGCAGGAAAGGGAAAUGGGUGAACUGAGAGCUUUAUUUUCUGCCAGGCUUGAAAAGAGGUUGCCAGAAAGCAGCCUGGUUGGAGGUAACUCCCACCAGCUGCUAACAUUUUAAUAAGAAACUUGGAAGACACUAAUGGUUUAAAAACAACCAACCCAAGCAAAAUAAAAACUGUGACACAUAGUGUUGCCACCA